GCUAUCAACCUCGAGCAUUCUUUACGAAAGAGCAAGCCAAUUUUAUUGACAAAUUGAAGUUGAAAGAGGCUGUGGAAGAAGCGAGGAAGAGAGAUCGGGAGGAGAUCUCCAGACUUAGGGCUUUGCAAGAAGAAAAGGAGAAGAAGAGUGGGAAAGGGAGGGGGAGGGGAAGGAAAAAGGGAGAAAGCAGGGUGAACGUGAGAAGGGAAAGACAAGGUGUCUAUGGAGGGAAAAGAAGAGAGUAUGAAGAAAUGGGUGGCCGAAAACUUUGGGAACUCGCUGCGGAUUUUGAUGGCAAAAUUGGAGGAUGUGGAAAAGAAAUCGAAAUUGAAAGAGGGAGAGUUAGAAGAAUUAAAGAUGUUGAGGAUGGAGAAAGGAUUGAGGGAGCUACGGGAAAGCUCCAGUAGUGUGAAACGAAAGAGGGAGCGUGCCUCCCCGGCCAGAGUUGGAAACAACAAAACCAGAUCUAGAAUUAGUGAACUGAGGAGGAGGAGCAGGGGUAAGAAGCCGUUGGAGAUCCCCUCUGACGGCAGUGGGAAGGAGAGGGACGCAGUGGUGCAAGAUCUGGAGGCUAAUAUGGAGGACUCAGUUAGCGGCCUGAAGGAAGUCGCUCAGCUAAAGGACCUACUUUUGGAAAUUCUGGCUGCGAAAGGUAAAAAAAACAGUGGGAGCGGCAAGGGAACCAAGCAAGAUGAGGACAAGGAGAGCGAGAAGGCAGAUUCUCACGAGGAGGAACGCACGGAAAGGGAGGGUGAGGGUGAGCCGAAUGGGAAGACAGGCGACUGUACACUGGGGUUAUAUUUCAAGGACAGGGUGAUUUACUACGACGCCAUGCACUACACAAAAGUGCAAGAACUAUGUAAGCAAAGAGGAGUUGCCUACAAGAGGAAGGAAGCGGGAGUGUGGGAGCUAGCGCGCUUGGAUUUUGAAGUACUCAUGAAGACUGAGAAUAAGGAGGAGAAAAAGGAAGCAGAGGUCAAUGAGAGUGAAGAAGAAACACAUGUAUCGGACAACAGCUCCAACUCCAAUUCUGACAGGAAGUCGGAAGAGGAAGACGACAUUGCGGGAAACUAGACAAUGCGAGCAAAAGAUCAAUUCUGAGGCUCUACAAGAAAUUGGUCAAGAUUCAUGAUGACUUUGGCUCGCUGAUUGAUGAAGACAUCCAAUGCAUUAAGAAAUUCCUUGUCUUAUGUCUGUGCCUAAGGGGUGAUAUCAAAUGGGGAAAAACAUACUGCCGAUAUUGGCUGGAAAUAACAGCGGACAAGAGAAACAAGAUAUUUGAUGCUGACUCUUGUGUGUAUUUACUGAUUUCUCCAUUUUUUAAACUAACGUACGUUGAAAAAACUAAGAGGGCACUCCAAACCAGAUGGAAAGAACACAUGCAUGUGACGAGAACAACACCUAAACAAAAAUUGCAUAAAUGG